GUUUCCCGAAGAAAGUUUUUCUCUCAAUGUUCAGUAGAGUAUCAAGGCACCUCUUUGGUGCAUAUGCAGCCCUCCCUUUUCUAGUGAUCCUAUCCUUCCACCAUAGUUGCAGUGCUAGAAUGAAGACCAGCAAUUACUGCGCUCCUUCUUCUUGUGGCUAUAUCCAUAAUAUUAGCUAUCCUUUUCGAUUAAAGACCGAUCCCGAAGGCUAUGGCAACAAAAAUUAUGAACUUGCUUGUGAAAACAACGUACGUCCAACUUUACUCUUGGACAAAGUAAAGUAUUAUGUCCAGGCAAUCAAUUACAGUAACUUCACAAUUCGACUUGUGGACGCUGCUGUUCAGAAGGAUGAUUGCUUCUCCAUCCCUCAUCGUUCUAUUAAAGAAUAUCCAUUGCUCCGCUCUGCGGACGACAAUUAUUAUUAUGAGAUAAAGUGGCCAGACAGUUCUGUGUUAACUUUUUUAUGCUGCAAAAAUCCAAUAUCGAAUCCUCCAGAUUAUAUUAUAGAUACCUCUUCUUGCAAAAAUGGUAGUGGUACUGCAUAUAAUUCUUCUUCGUCUAGCAGUAUUUCUUCUCCCAGCUGUGUCGAUAUGGAAGGUUAUUCCUAUGUCAUGGUUGAUGGGCAGAUCCAGGAUAUACCUGACUUGUGCAGUAUAAAUUUGAUUUAUUCUGUGCCAAAAAAUAUGACAAAUAUGUCGUAUACAGAUGUCCAUGAUAUUUUGGUAUAUGGGUUCGAGCUUUCAUGGUUCUCUUUCUGCUGUAAUUAUAGCACAGAGAACCGCUGCAACCUUGAUGACGCCACCGUGAAGAACAACUAUUGCUUUAACGAUUACACAGAACCAUGCCCCGUAUGGUCGCUGGGAGACCUUUCUUUUGAAGGUUAUUGUUAUGACCGGAUGACCACCCCUUUAAUUUUUCUACGCUUUCUCAUAUUCUUUCCCACUGUGACACUUGCCCUUAUCGUGAUAUAUCAUGUGCUACUGUUCCCAUGUGGACUUCCAUGUCUCCUAACUUUACUGAUUUAUAAAUGGCGAAGACGACAUUUAUCCAUGUAUGAAGACAUUGAAAAAUUCUUGCAAAGUCGUGAUAAUGAUCUCAUGCCGAUAAGGUACACUUACUCAGAAAUUAAGAAGAUAACCAACGGAUUUAAAGACAAGUUGGGUGAAGGAGGCUCUGGCUCAGUGUAUAAGGGAAAGCUUCGUAGUGGUCGUUUUGCAGCAGUUAAAAUAUUGGACAAGUUAAAAGAUAAUGAACAAGAUUUUAUGAACGAAGUUGCCACAAUUGGAAGAAUUCACCAUGUCAAUGUUGUGCAACUUAUAGGUUUCACUGUUGAGGGAUCGAAACGUGCUCUUAUAUAUGAGUUCAUGCCUAAUGGGUCUCUUGAAAAGUACAUUUUUUAUAGGGAAGGUAGCAUCGCACUAAGCAAUGAGAAAAUGUAUGAGAUUUCUCUUGGGGUGGCUCGUGGCAUUGAAUAUCUACAUAAAGGUUGUGAUAUGCAAAUCUUACAUUUUGAUAUCAAGCCUCACAACAUUCUUCUUAAUGAUAAGUUUGUUCCGAAAGUUUCAGAUUUUGGACUAGCCAAAUUUUACCCAACAAAUAAUAACAUUGUGUCCCUCAGUGCUGCCAGAGGAACAAUAGGAUACAUGGCUCCCGAACUAUUUUAUAAGAAUAUUGGACGUGUCUCUGACAAAGCUGAUGUCUAUAGUUACGGGAUGUUAUUAAUGGAAAUGGUAGGAAGAAGAAAGAACUUGAAUGCAUUCGCAAGUCAUUCAAGCCAAAUUUACUUCCCUUCAUGGAUUUAUGACCAAGUUAGUGAAGGAAAGGACAUAGAAGUACAAGAAGAUGCCAUGGAACAUGAAGAAAGAACAAUGAAAAAGAUGAUUAUUGUGGCAUUGUGGUGCAUACAGUUGAAGCCUGUUGAUCGUCCCUCAAUGCAUAAAGUUGUAAAGAUGCUUGAAUCGGAUGUUGAAUCCCUACGAAUGCCUCCUAAACCUUUUCUCACCCCACAUCGGACGCUAGAAGAAGAUGAUAGAGCUAAUAAUGAAAAGUUAUCAGAUCCAUCAAAUGAUUGUAAUCACUCUUCAUAUCAGUUUGGUCAUUAAUGAUGAGAUGAUAAAGAUAAUUUAGCUUAGUGGUUAUUAAUUUUGAUAAUGUAUUAACUAUUUAAGCUUUAAAUUUACUUA